AUGUUAGUGGAAGUUGAGGGGACGCUCAACUCUAGGCCACUAACAUAUGCUUAUGACGAAGUUGGUAGUGAACCAUUGACGCCGUCUCAUUUGUUGGUUGGUAGGAGACUGAAGUCAAUGCCGGACGGUGUGGUUGGUGAGGAGUCGGACGAGGAAUACUGUAGUAAACGGUUUAGGUAUUUGUGUAGAAAAAAGCAGCAUUUUUGGAAUAGGUGGCGUAAAGAGUAUCUUACUGAUCUUAGAGAAUUCCAUCGUGGAAAUCAAGAAGAUAGUAAGAGGGUGGUAAAAAAGGGAGAUGUUGUGGUUGUAUUUGAGGAUAAUGUGAGGAGAGGAAAUUGGAAGACGGCUGUUGUUGAAGAGUUGAUUGUUGGAAGAGAUGAGAUGAUCAGGGGUGCAAGGGUUAGGUUGAUACGCAACGGUAAAGAGGUCAUUCUUUCUCGCCCUGUCCAGAAACUCUAUCCAAUCGAGGUUAAUCAUAGCCAGGAAACAGAGAAGCAAAAUAAGAAAGAUAGAUUAGAAAAGGGAAACAAAGCGAAUGCUGAAAGUGUGAGGCGAGAAGGGAGACCAAAAAGAGCAGCAGCAUUAGAUUCAGAGUGGAGAACGAGAAACAUGAUUAAUUGA